UACUGGAAGUCGGCGGCAGGAGGCGUGCGCGCGGAACAUUCAGGAGACCACCGCAGAAUGUCAUAACUAGCUAGCCAUCUGAGAUUAGCAGAAGGCGCAGUUUAAUUGGGCCCUUCUGAAAAUGCGGAUCCUAUUGUUUAUUAGUAAAGAUAACAGUUAAGCUUAUUCUUAAUUAACGGACACUGCUAAAUCACCAGAAGAGUCGGAAUCCCUCCGUCCGGUUUGUCCUACAAACAGUGCCGACACUUUGGGGUUGUAUAAGUGAACUGCGUAAGGCCGGAUUAGCUAGCUAGCUAGCUAAAGUACUGUGCAGUCGAGGAGCCUAGAUGUUUUUCAGUUAAAUAAUUCACGUGUUUAAUCUGUUGACGAACAAGGGGUUGAAACGAUGAGGAAGGACGUAAGGAUAUUACUCGUCGGGGAGCCCAAGGUGGGGAAGACGUCUUUGAUCAUGUCAUUAGUCAGCGAGGAGUUCCCAGAUGAGGUUCCUCUACGUGCUGAGGAGAUUACCAUUCCUGCGGAUGUCACUCCAGAGAGAGUCCCCACUCACAUAGUAGAUUAUUCAGAGGCAGAACAAACAGAUGAACAGCUAUUCCAAGAAAUAUCAAAAGCAAAUGUAAUAUGUAUAGUGUAUUCCGUCAACAACAAAAAGUCUAUUGAGAAGGUAACCAGCCACUGGAUUCCACUCAUAAAUGACAGAACGGACAAGGAUAGCAGGGUACCCCUGAUUCUGGUGGGGAACAAGUCGGACCUGGUGGAGCACAGCAGCAUGGAAACCAUCCUCCCCAUCAUGAACCAGUACACCGAGAUCGAGACCUGCGUGGAGUGUUCGGCCAAAAACCUGAAGAACAUCUCGGAGCUGUUCUACUACGCCCAGAAGGCCGUCCUGCACCCCACGGGACCCCUGUACUGCCCCGAAGACAAGGAGAUGAAGCCUCCGUGCGUGAAAUCCCUGACGCGCAUCUUCAAGGUGUCGGAUCUGGACAACGACGGGGUUCUCAAUGAUAACGAGCUCAACUUCUUCCAGAGAACGUGCUUUAAUACCCCACUGGCACCUCAGGCCCUAGAGGACGUGAAGAACGUGGUGCGGAAGAACAUGAGCGAUGGGGUGCGUGACAAUGGCCUGACUCUGAAAGGUUUCCUCUUCCUGCACACACUCUUCAUCCAGAGAGGACGGCACGAGACCACCUGGACGGUGCUGCGCAGGUUCGGCUACGACGACGACCUGGAGCUCACGCAGGACUACCUGUUCCCCCCGUUAAAAAUACCACCGGACUGCACCACUGAGCUCAACCACAAUGCCUACCUCUUCCUCCAGAGUGUCUUCGAUAAGCACGACAAGGACAGAGACUGUGCCCUGUCUCCAGAUGAGAUGAAGGACCUGUUCAAGGUCUUCCCCUACAUGCCGUGGGGUCCUGACGUCAACAACACGGUCUGCACCAACGACCAGGGCUGGAUCACCUACCAGGGCUAUCUGUCGCAGUGGACGUUAACGACGUACCUGGACGUGCAGCGCUGCCUGGAGUACCUGGGCUACCUGGGCUACUCCAUCAUCUGCGAGCAGGAGUCCCAAGCGGCCGCCAUUACAGUGACGCGCGAUAAGAAGAUCGACCUGCAGAAGAAGCAGACGCAGCGCAGCGUGUUCCGCUGCAACGUGUUCGGGGCCCGCGGCUGCGGCAAGAGCGGCUUCCUGCAGGCCUUCCUGGGCCGGAACCUCACGCGGCAGAGGACGAUAAGGGAAGACCACAAGUCCUUCUAUGCCAUCAGCACCACUUACGUCUACGGCCAGGAGAAGUAUUUACUGCUCCACGAGGUCUUCCCCGAGUCGGAGUUCCUCUCCGAGUCCGACCUCGGCUGCGACGUCGUCUGCCUGAUCUACGACGUCAGCAACCCCAGCUCCUUCGAGUACUGCGCCAAGAUCUUCAAGCAGUACUUCAUGGACAGCAAGACGCCGUGCAUGGUCGUGGCCGCCAAGUCCGACCUGCCGGAGGCCAAGCAGCAGCACGGCCUGCCGCCGCCGGACUUCUGCAGGAAGCACAAGAUGCCCCCGCCCCAGCCCUUCACCUGCGACACGGCCGACGCGCCCGACAGGGACGUCUACAUCAAGCUCACCACCAUGGCCAUGCACCCCCACGCCCGGUUACGCUGCAUGUGCUCCUGUAACAGGUGCACCUUUUGCAUCUGUCAGAACCUCCUCAACUCAGAGCUGCUGCAGUCUGUAAAGGCCAAACUCUACACUGCCGUUCUCAGCAGACACAUGACCCAGGCUGAUCUGAAGAGCUCCACCUUCUGGCUGAGGGCGAGUGUUGGGGCCACAGUGUUUGCCGUGUUGGGCUUCGCGAUGUACAGGGCGCUCCUCAAACAGCGGUGAUCAGCUGGAGGGGAGCGCGUGUGGUCCUCUCUAUCCCAAAAAAACCAACAAAAAACCUGUAAACCAAGUUCUGAAAUCAAGUAAAUAAAAGAAAUUAUGUUUUUAUAAAAAUAUAUUUAAUCAUACCUCUGAACAGCAAACGAAAUCAAACGCCUCGGGCUGUAGCUGUGGGUCUUCUGGUUUUACUUCAUUCUUCUCACGGACCAUGUCGUGACUGACCGAUGCGAUCGCUACUUUUCCGAGUCUGAUUUAUUAUUUUUGUGGGUUACGGGUGGUUUUAAAUUGUGCAUACUAUUUUUGUGGCUCAGGAUUAACUUGCGGAAGGUAAAUGUAGAGAGAGCCUCCAGGGAUUCCUUCCCGACUGCUUUGGACACGAAAGGGACUGAACGCCGUGUAAAUAAGUGUAUAUAAAUCGACAGCGUGCUUGCGCUUGCCUGCCCAAGAGAACAAAAGAGCCUAACAAAAUUUAAAACUCCUGAGAUAGGGUGGUUUAGCAGAGUGAACACAGAAAAGCCAUGUUUUCCUUUCGUCUCGUUUGCGCUCGUUUGAGAUGUUAAUUUAUUAUCCCCGUUACUGGACAUGGAAGCAGACACUGCUGAAUGGGUUUUUUAUUUUAUGUGCUUAUUAUUGACCGUACUGCGCGAUACAGCCUCCGUAGCCUGGCAACCAUUUGACAGGCAGCAGUAGUAGAGCCCCCUCCUUCAGGCCAAGCCAGCAGUCCUGCUCCUUCAAAAAUGAGCUUCUCCACCCUGCUGGAGUUUCUGCCUCCCGUGUGUGUGUGUGUGUGUGUGUGUGCGUGUGUGUGUGUGUGUUUGCAUGUCUGUGUAUUCAGUUGUCAGGUCCGCUGUUAUUUCCGCCAUAGGACUGUAUCGUUAUCCAGAGGUGACAAGUCCAGGCCCAGAAAGUGAAAGUCCUCCUCAGUAUUUUGUUCCAGUCACCUGGAUUCACUAGUUGGCACAGUUCUUCAGCCGGGAGGUAGAACUAAUUAGUGAAAUCAGCUGGAAGAAACACACGGCAGGACUUUUACUUUCUGACCCCUGGACUUUCUGCCUCUGGUCAUAUCGUUUCGUAUUUUAGAGUUAGUUCUUUUUUUUAUUUUAUUUUUUUUAUUUUUAUUGUUGUUAUUGCCACUACUGUUUUAGGAACCAGCAACAUGCCUCUGUAGUAACGUCUCUCAUUUAAUGUGCUUUUUUUUUGUUUGCCCCUCCAGGCACCUGAAUUGUUUCUGCCAUUAUGAAUUUUGCAACAUUUACAAUAAAACAAAAACUGUGUGCUGUU